AUGACAUUUGGAACAGACUAUAGCUUUUUGCAUACUAUAAUAUCAACACUUGUUAGCUUCUGCAUCAUAACAGCCGUGACUGCGGCCCAGGCAAGAUACUACUAUUCCUUGUCCCAAUCUUCACCUGUCUUCUCCGAGGCUCUUUAUCGACAACUGGCCUGGAACCAUCCCAGUCUC